GUUUAAUAUUUUACCCUAAAAAUAAAACAGUUAAGAUUACAUGUGCUAAAUGAAACGCAUACAAACUGCUAUACAGGUCUUUAUAGACUAGUUGCUAGUCAGUUUUUAGUUUGUCAAAUGCACUUCGUAGUUUAUGGACAAGAAGACAAUCUUAUUAUCUGUGACUGUUCAUUGUUAGAUGCAAGCGACGGUAAAAAUAAGGAAAAUUUGAUAAUAGAAAAAGGAAUUCGAAAUGUGAUUUUGAUCCACGCGCGCUUUUCAACAAUGCAACAUGGCGGCUUUGAAGAGCCGGGAGGGAAACAGAUUAACUCCGGUUUUACGCAUUGAAUUAUCGCCGUUAGAAGAACUCAGAAAACUUCAUAGCCAAAUUUAUAAAACAGACAUAAAACCAAAAUGUAAUGGAAAGCGAAAAGAGUACAACCAGAGGCUGCAAGAGAUAGAACGACAAAUAAACAUUUCUGCUGGAGGGGAACCAUACAUCAGUUUAGAAAACCGUGUCGAUUUUGAAAAGUUUCCUGAACAGUUUAAGUAUACGUGUAGGAAUAUUCCAGGUGCUGGUGUAAAGCUCUGGCCAGAUCCGGAGUAUAUAGUUGCCUGUGAUUGCAAAGAUAGGUGUACAGAAAAAAAUUGUAGCUGUCCAGUUUACUCUGGUGGCGAAUUUGCCUAUGACGAGUAUGGCAGAGUUACCCUUGCAAGAAGACGACCUAUUUACGAGUGUAACAUGAAGUGCCCCUGCCGGAAGAACUGUCGGAAUAGGGUUGUGCAACGUGGUCGGGGAGUUAGGGUAAGUUUGACUGCCGGGCACUCAGAUUCUGUCUGUUGCAACAAAAGGCAUGGGCGUACAGGCCUAAUCUUGUUUGGUGGGGGGGGGCACAGUAUUAGUUUGCCCGACCAUUUUGCUUACACAGUACACAUAUAAAAUUUUGUUCGAGAUUUUAUCAGGGCCUUUUUUAAGGAUUUUCCCGUGGGGGGGGGGGAAAUCCUUAAAAAAUGGACCUUUCUGUGACAUAAUAUAUAUUUAGUGGGGGAUAGCCAUGUGGCCGACAUACUACGAAUGAAUCCCUAGGGGGGGUCUGGGGACAUGCUCCCCCAGAAGAUUUUUGAAAUUUGAAGUCCGGUAAUGCAAAUUCCUGCAUUCUGAGCAUCCAAAUUUGCUCUAAAAUUUGCUUGAAAUAAGAGAAGGAAAAAACAUACAAAAAGUAAAAAAAUAUUAACCAUAAUUUAUCAUUACUUAUUAGACAGGGAUAGCAAUGGCCGAAGGGCAUGUGUGUGGGGGCAUACCGCUCCCCCAGAAAAUGUUUGAAAUUUGAAGCCCGGAAAUGCCAUUUCCUGCAUUCUGAGCAAACCUGCUAUUAACUAUACUUGUAUUUGAAAUAUGUGCCCCCCCCCCGGCCGAUACGGCUAUGACAAAAGGAUGAACAGCUGCAGAUGUGUGGAUAGAAAAAUUGUCUAUCCAAAUGCACUUGUCACUAUUUUCUCCCAACGGAGGGAGUGCGGGCAUACCCAGGGGUUAUUGACAUUCUGAAAAUUUUUAGUGAUAACUAGGGUGAUAGUCUGAUUAACCCAUUUUCACCAACACACUCCCCUUGACAAGUAAAAUCAUCUGGUGUUAGACAGUAAAAUAAUAUCUUUACCAAUGUAUCUUAAUUAAUGGUUUAAUGCUAAACGAUUUUACCUUUUACAGGUUUGCAUAUUUCGAACAAAGAAAAAAGGCUGGGGUCUAAAAACAUUAGAUUACAUUCGUGCCAACGAGUUUGUUACCGAAUAUGUUGGUGAGAUCCUAACGACCGAGGAUGCUGAGAUUAGAGGACAAAAGUAUGAUAAAAUGGGUCAAACUUAUCUGUUUGACUUGGAUUAUAAUGAGGGAGAGUGCCUGUAUACGAUUGAUGCAUAUCAUUAUGGAAAUGUGGCUCAUUUUGUCAACCAUUCAGUAAGUUCUCUUUAGGCAAGACUUUUUUUAUUUAUUGGUUUAUGGAUUUGACUUCAAAAAUAAGAGGUCAGUAGGUCGGAAAAAAAUUUAAAAAAGCAAACAAACUGAGUAUAAAUGAGAACCAAAAUUAAUAAUCUUUAUCACUUUUUAACGUUUAAAGAUUUUUAAAAUUAAAAGAAAAAACGCAAAAAACGUGGCUAAUCUCCAUACUGAUUGUCACAAUGAUAACAUGAGCCAUCAGUACUGAGAGUCAAAGUUUACUUGAAGUGUACUUGCUGUCCCCAAAUUAAUUAAAAUUAACUAAAAUUGUAAAAUUUUUGACAUCAAAUUUUUAUUUUAUUUUCACUUUCUGAAUAUUUACGGUUGGCGGAUCCGUAAACCAAUGAAUAAAAAAAGUCUCGCCUUAUAUCGCCUCUCGUCAAUAGUGCUAUUAAGUUUCUGAAAAACUCCAUUCUCAUUGUGUGACCAGCUCAUCCCUAAGAAAACAAUUUCUAAAUUUUCAGUGUGAUCCAAACUUAGUUGUCUAUGGUGUAUGGAUAGACAUUGUAGAUCCCCACCUACCCCACAUUGCCCUGUUUGCCACCCGUGAUAUCCAGCCUGGCGAAGAGCUGACGUUUGAUUACCUCAUGACUGGGAAUAACGAAAGUCCACCAAAACCGUCGAGCAGGCGUAUGAAAUGUCAGUGUAAGUCUGCUAACUGUCGACAAUGGUUAUGUUGAAUUAACAUUUUGCUAGUGUACAUUUGUUAUAUAUAUAUCUUUGUAAAUAUUAUUUUGCAGCUUUCACACAUAAAGUCAUUCAUUUUAACGCUUGUAUUUAAUAUUUCACAAUUAUAAUAUAGAAUUUGUUAAUUCUGAACACGAUGUGGCUAAGAGCCGUGUUGAUAUAACUCAAUGUCAACACAGAAAUGUUGGAAAAUUUCUUUAUAUUUCUUUGUGCAACACUCGAAAUUGUGACAAAAUUUCUCAUUUAGUCGUUUUCCCAAUUUCCACACACAUAUUUGUCAAAUAUAAAACAUUUUUCUGUUAUAUCAACACCUGUGGGAAUUGGGAAAAGAAAGAAAGAAAUUGUCCAUGUUGAUAUUAAGUUAUAUCAACACAGCUCUUAGCCAAUCAGCAUUUAAUAGAAUUUUACGUUGCAGCCUACUGUGGCUGAGCUGCAUAAAAUUUACAAAUUACGUACAAACAAAAUGGUUACUGAUUUCUAUCCGAUAGAUCUUGUACACAAACGACAACCGAAAUGAGGUUAGUUAACAAUAGGCAUAUACAAGACAGAACAAUUUUGACUCCUCUCCCCCCUCUCUUAGUUGCUGAUACAUAUGUACUAAAUUGGCAACCCAACCUGUGAGGGUAAGGGUCUGGUGAGAGUAAGGAAGGCCAAUUAAAAAGUGUAGAUUCAGGAUCAUUACAGUAAAACAUAUUUUAAAUACUAUAUAAAACACUUGGGUUGCUUGCUACAUUCACACAUCUGACAUUCACACAUCUGUCAUUUUGGCUCUAUCAUUCAUGCUACAUUAACAACAUCAUGUUUACUGUAAGAUUCAUUAUCAUUCAUUGUACUCAAAUUUGUACGGUUUGGCUUUGUGUGAAACUGGAUAAAUUUGAGCACAGCAUUACAAGUGAAUUCCUGCAUGAACAAGUGGAAACAAUUUUUUCUAUUUCUGGUGUUAUUCAGUCAGGUGAAGAUAUAUGUUUUUGAUGUGGUCUCCGGGUGUGUUCACACCAGGCAAGCUGAAACAUUUGCUUGACCACGGUGGGCAUCGAACCCGCAACCUUUUGGUUUGCUAGUCACUUUGAGACAACAUCACAAACAUAAGUUGAAACAAAUAAAUUUGUGUGUGGUUCCAAAUUUAUACAGUUUUGUAUGAACGUAGCUGAAUUGUUAGCACUACUUAGAUAUAACCGUUUGAUAACUGUCCUACAAUAUAAAUUGUUUAUAAUAAAAAAUUAAAUUAAAUUUUUGACAUGUUAUUGGUGAUGUGGUGAAUAUGCUGUUAUCAUUUUUACUAUUCUAACCCUAUCUUACAAUUUACAAACCAAUAAACGUACUGUUCCAGGCUCUAAAUUGUAAACUAAAGGAUAGUCCAAGCUGGCAACGUAGUAGUACAGCAUUGCUGCAAGGUCGGUCUCCGUCAUCCUGUCAUAACCAGGGUCCAGGCUGAACUUAACAUUCUUAAAUUCAUCUUUCUUUUGCAAACACUUUGAUAUAAAGGGUUCUUUUUGUUUUUCAUCUGUUGAUGUUCUUCAAAUAAGCUGAAUGAAUCUUGUCUAUGAAAUCUGAAUCUCUCUGGAAACAAAGAAGAAUAUAAAUUGUAAAUGUUUUGAAACCAAAAAUCUG